AUGUCUGUAAAAAGGUCUGUUUCCGAAAUUGAAAUUGAAAGUGCCCAGGAUCACCCCUCUGUUGCCGUGGGAAGUUUCUUCAAGGGCUUCCGUGCUGCCAGCGAGACCACAUUUGACUUAUACAAGAGGAAGAAAUCUGAAAAGGAUGAAUUUGUACUGCACGGUGAAAAUGAAAGAUUAGAAUAUGAAGGCUCGACGGAUCCUGCUUCUCAAGCAUCGAAUCAAUAUGUCGUAGGUCUAUAUAAUCCAGAAAAGAAAAGCAUUCAACUCUACAAGGCUCCGGUUCUUGUAUCGAAAGUUGUAUCCAAGUCAAGCAAGAAUUUAAGAGGUCCAAAAAUCAAGAGUAAAAGUGACACCCGUCCAUCUGCUUUAAGAAAUGCAUUAGGUGAAGCGUUCGGUACCAAGAAAGCUAAAAAGGCUAUUGCGGAUUUGGAAAGAAAUCGUAUUGAUUCUGAUAAGCUGACCGACUCUGCUAUUGACAUUGUGGACUCCGUGAGAACCGCAUCCAAAGAUCUGCCAACAAGAGCUCAAUUGGAUGAAAUUACUUCCAACGAUAGACCCACUCCAUUGGCCAACGUCGAUGCCACUGAUGUGGAACAAAUCUAUCCGAUUGAAAGUAUAAUACCAAAGAGGGAAUUACAGUUCAUUCGCGUUUCGCCAAUUUUGAAGGAAACUGAUAAAGAAAAGAAGUUGGAAUUGUUCCCAUAUCAAAACAAUUCGAAAUAUGUGGCAAAGAAAUUGGAUUCUUUGACACAACCUUCACAGAUGAUAAAAUUACAGCUGCUAUACUACUUAUCACUAUUACUGGGUGUAUACGAUAAUAGACGUGUGAAUAAUAAGACUAAACUACUAGAAAGAUUGAACAGUCCACCUGAAAUUUUGGUAGACGGUAUCUUAAGCAGAUUUACUGUGAUAAAACCCGGCCAAUUCGGAAGAUCCAAAGAUCGCUCCUAUUUUAUUGACCCACAAAAUGAAGACAAAAUCCUAUGCUAUAUCUUAGCAAUUAUCUUGCAUUUGGAUAAUUUCAUUGUUGAGAUUACACCUUUAGCGCACGAACUGAACUUGAAACCAUCCAAAGUCGUGAGUUUGUUUAGAGUGCUCGGUGCUAUUGUCAAAGGUGCCACAGUUGCUCAGGCCGAAGCUUUUGGUAUUCCGAAAAGUACUGCAGCUUCUUAUAAGAUUGCUACCAUGAAAGUUCCAUUUAAGCUACCUGAAAUGACGAGAAGAGGAAGAGGUCCAAGACGUUAG